AUGGGUAAGCGCGGAGCACCAAAGUCUGAGCCGAAGGCAAAGGCGAAGGCUAAGUCAGCUCCUCGUGCUUCUUCCUCUUCUUCAAAGGCGCAGUGUAUGACGGAGGACGAGUUGGGUGAGUACCGCCUCCUGCACAGCAAACUCACGUACAGGUCCAAAAGUGGAGUUGCUGGAGCAGAUGAGGCCUUGCAGCAGCUCAAGCUGAACCGGCAAAUGGUUUUGGACAAAUUUCGCGGAGAUAAGAGCAUGUCUUGGGUGCCGAGUAUGGUUCAUUCCUUGGACUAUACUUCUGUCAAUGCUGUGGCCAAGAAGUCUGAGUGGCUGAACUCCUUCCAGAUCAUGCAGAAGCUUGGCCUAUCGCCUGCUCAGAUCAAGGCGGAUGCCGAUGCCAAUGCGCUUUUCGAAGCUACUUUGGAUACCUUGCCGCAGAAGGAUCACUAUGUCCAAGCUCUGCAGGAGAAAGGCAUGAAGCUUUACGAAUGGUCCGAAGAAUGUGCAGAGGAAAAGGUUGGGUCGAGUGAGAAGAUGUCUAUCAAUGCAACAGGUUCUGCUUCCAAUGCCCCGAAGAACAAGGCACUUCCUGGAGCAGCAGAUGCCAAGGGUGGUCCCGACUCGUGGUGA